GUGCUAAAUAUGUAGGUUAAUGGGUAGAUGAUAAAUAACAUGGAGAUGGAAUUGAAACCUGGCCAGAUAAUUCUAUUUUCAAAGGAUUAUAUUAAAUGGGGAAGAAACAUGGUCAUGGAGAAUUUUAAUGGAAAGAUGGUUCUAAAUAUAUAGGAGAUUUUGAUAAUAAUUUAAUCUAAGGUUAUGGAGAAUACACUUGGUUUGAUGGUAGAAAAUAUAUUGGAUCUUGGAAGAAUAAUAAAAUGGAUGGUUAAGGAGUAUAAAUAUAUAUAUAUAUUAUAGAUAUUUACAUGGAUAGAUGGAAGAAGAUAUAAGGGUGAAUAUAAAAAUGAUAAAAAAGAUGGAUAAGGAGAAUUUAAAUGGCCUGAUGGAAGAGUAUUAUAUUAAUUUUAAUAGAUUAGAUUUAUCGUGGGUAAUGGUAGAAUGGAAAAUAACAUGGAGUUGGAAUUUAUAUAGGAGAAUCAAAUAUUGAAAAACAAGGAAUUUGGGAAUUUGGUAAAAGAAUUAGAUGGAUUCAUAAAGGGGAAUCUAUUAUUACUUAAUGAAUAUAUAUAAUUUAUAUAUAUAUAUAUAUAUCUAAUUUCAAUAUAAAUAAUUAUGAAUAGCACUGCCUAAGUCUUAUUUCUAAAAGUUGAAUAAGGGAAUGUUAAUAAAGUUAUUGAAAUACUUCAACAAUAUCCAAAUUUAAUAGACCUUGAAAAUGUUAAAUCAGGAUAGACUUGUCUUACUAUAGCUUGUAGAAAGAACGAUGGUCCUAUGAUUGAAAAAUUAAUUGCUUAAGGAGCUGAUAUUAAUAAAACAAAUAGAGUAAACUUAUUAUAAUUAUAAUAGUUGAAUUAAUCACCUUUAUGGAUCUGUUCAUUUUACAAUUAUCGUAGAACUGCUGAUUUUUUAUUGAACCAUGGUGCAGAUGUCAAUUAGUAGGACAAAGUAAUUUAAUUUGAGUAUCAAAGAAAGGAUUUUCUCCUUUGAUGAUUGCAGCAUAAAGAGGAAAUUUAGAAACUGUGGCAUUAUUAUUAAAUGCAAAAGCUAAUAUCUAACUGUUAAAUAAAGUAUUAUUGUACAUUACUAUUAUAGAAUCAAGAUACAGUUUUUGAUGUUUGCAAAGAUUAUGAAACUCUAUAAUUCAUGAUAUAAACAUUAUAAAUAGAUGAAGUCAGAGUUAAAUAACCUGAUAAAUUCAAACCUAAAUCAUAAUAGAAUGCUAAUUCAAUGAAAUCAACUUAAACUAAAUUUUCAAAUAAUUCUAAUACAAAAGAAUAAUCUGAGUUCACUCCUAACUUAAAUAUAGAACAACUUUACACUAUUUAAACUAUGAUUAAUUCUAUUUGUGAAGAGAUGCAACUCAUAUUUAAUGAAGCAAUUUAGAUUUUUAAAGAAUCUAUUUCUAAUAUAAAUAAUUUAACUGAUGCCAAAAAAGCAAUCUCCAUUGAAUAUGAAAAAAUUUAAUAAUCAUAGAAUAUUGAUGAUAAUAUUCAAUUUUAAUAUGAUAAUUUCCAAUAUGAGAUUACUAGAUAAAUUGGAAGAACACUUUAUUCCAUUAUUCAUAAUUUAGAUAAAUCUUAAGUCAAAUCACCUUCACCUAAAAAUAAGAAAUAUCUAUCAGCUGAACCUUUAAUUGAAGCAACUAUAGAAGAAGAAUAAUCCACUCCAUUAAGUUAAUUUAGAAAUCAAUUAAAAAAAGAAGAAACUCCAUCUUAAAUAAAAGAACCAAUAAGCAGAGGAAGUAUCAAAACUGAAAAUGAAUAGUUCAAUAAAAUGAUGUCUUAAAAAUUAGAGAUUUUAAAUGAAAUGAUUAAUUCUCGAAUUGGAAAUAAGAAAUCAUGA